AUGGGUUUAUCUAUCCCAACACCUCGCGUUAAUAUAUGCAUCCCCCCUCCAACUGUGUUUGCUUCUUCUUUCACAUUGCUUUUAGCUCACCGUCAUACUCGGCCUUUCAUCUUCACGUUGAAUCCACAUCAGUUUGACAGCCACACUAACGAGCCUCUAGCAAAUAUGGAACCAAGAAACGGGAUCAUCGAUGCAUAUGCUAUUCUGGGCAUUACCCAGGAUGCGAGCAUCAAGGACAUCAAUGUUGCCUACAAACGUCUCGCAUUGAAAUUUCAUCCUGACAAGGCCGGGAGUGAUGGAAAGGCAAUUUCGCGGUUCCAAUCUCUUCAAGAUGCCGUUGAAGUCCUUCGUGACCCAUCCCGCCGCUCAGAACUUGACAGAUCCUUGUGCUCGAAGGGCAAACGACCCCGAGCUUGGUAUGCCCCCCAGAGCGGGUCGUACUAUACACCCAAUGCCGGGACUCAACGGCCAUCAAAGAGACAGCGUGACCCCCAUGACUCUCCAUACAACGUUCCGCGAAGGGAGGGCAAAGUCUUCUCCACGGAAGACAUUAACGACAUACUGAAGGGGUGCCAGGACAAUGUACACGCUUCUGGGGGCAGGUCUACCUCCACUCGCUACAUGUACAGUUUUGGGAACAGUGUGCAUAUGGACCCUGAAUCCGAAGAAUCCAAGGCCAGCAAAGCAAAGUAUCGAGCAGAGAACGCCCAAUGGGAACAAGAAUGGGCGGGCAUCGAUCCAGAAGUGGAGGAGGCGCGAGCAGAGGUCGAGAAGGCACGAGCAGAGUCUCGCAAACAGGCUAUGCGAGAUCGAGUGGCCCGCGAUGAGAAGGAGCAAGUGGAGAUUGAUGAGAUGGAAAUCAAAAAGGAUGCACCACCUGUUGAUAGCCCUGCCAAUUCGCCUGACAAGACCCCCGUCAAUCCCCCUGUGAAUACUGCCAAACCCGCCGUCGAUCCUUUCGACCAGGCCAUUCAAAAUGCGGUGAAUGGAAUUCAACUCUGUGCUGGGUUCUGGGAUUAUGCCAGAGGGGUGGCUCCCCAUCCUGAAGAAAACAUCAAAAAUGGCAUCGCUACGGCAUUGGGUGGCUUUGGUCACUACGAGCAUGCCAGAGACCCAAAGAGCAAGUUGUUGGACAACAGCAAGCCCGACAAUAACAAAGAGAGCUCCAACAACUCGAAGGGCGCGACAAAUAUUCUCCCAUUUGUUGACGAUGUGUCAACAAGCAACUCGGAUAUCUCUUCGGAUAGCUCCUCGGAAAGUUCUUCGGUCAGCAGCAGCUCGGCUCGAAGCCACAAGGCGAGUGGUCAUUCCAUCAAUUCUACUGUUGGCGGGCCCCCACACAGCUCCUCUCCGGCUGAGCUUUACCCUUGUGACCAGGACCCAAUGCCUGAGCCAUUGAAUGCUCACAAUUUUGCCGAAGGAUUGAAGAAUAAUUGUGUUGGGCAUGAAUCGAGCCUGGGCUCUUUGGCUCCACUGUUCGAGCAAAGGCUUGCCGACCCGUUGGGGCGCUAUUCGGUCGAUGAUCUGGCCUUGGAUCUCAAUGGGAUGAUACUUGAGAGUUAUGCUAGCUGGUUAGAGGAUGUCCGACUUUCAAUUCCUCGCGCUUCCCCUGCACCUGUUCGAAGCACCCCGGAAGCCUGUUCUCAUCUUGGCGGAUGGUUCAAGAAAUAUGGUUGCACCCAGUGUGACACUUGCCAUUCCUGGAUGCCUCUUUUUCUUCUCGUCUGCCCCAAAUGUGGUAUCAGUGGUUGUACCCGUUGCAAGUUUGUAUCUGACCGCCAUUGA